UGAAGGGAGUGCGACGAGGACGUCAUAACGUGGUGGAGGUUGGGCAAGAAGAAGCUUUGCUUGUGUAGCUUCGACUGGCUCUUUUGUCUCUCUGCCCUUUAAAAGUCCCUAUGCUGGGCCCGGCCUUCUUUCAUCUCCUCCUCGUGCUUCUUACUCCGUGGCAGGCUCCAGAGAAGGGAGGGAGAGGAGGAAUAGCUAAAACUGCCUGGAUGUUAUGCCCCCUCAGUCCUUCAACCCUGCACAAUGCAGUUUUCAGUAGUGAGAUGUUCUGGCCUGAGCAUUAUAUCCUCCUCAGUCCUUUGACCCUGAUCCCAGAUGUUGUGAGAAAUGAGAUUUAUCUUUCAUUAAAUUAUCCAAAAAAAAGAUGGGAGUUCAAGGACUUUGGAAGCUGUUGGAAUGUGCUGGAAGGGCUAUAAAUCCAGAAACACUGGAAGGAAAAAUUCUUUCUGUUGAUAUCAGCAUUUCGUUAAAUCAAGCUGUUAAAGGAGCAAGAGCCUGCCAUGAAAAUUACAUUCACAAUGCUCAUCUCCUCACCUUUCACCGAUUUUGCAAGCUGCUAUUUUUUCAGAUCCGCCCUGUCUUUGUUUUUGAUGGUGGAGCACCACUUUUGAAGAGGCAAACUUUGGCUAAGCGCAGAGAACGAAAGGAAGUGGCAGCCACUGACUCCAAGAAAACUACAGAGAAACUUUUGAAGACUUUUCUGAAAAGACAAGGUAUCAGAUCUGCUCUUUCAGGCAAGAGCAAUGCUAAAUUCCCUAGUCUUUCAAAAGAAGAAUUGUUUGAAAACCUUCAUUCUGUAAAUGUUGACUCAGAAGAUUUCCUGAGCUUGCCCCCUGAAGUAAAGCAUGAGAUCCUCACUGACAUGAAGGAAUUCACAAACCGAAGAAGGUUAUUUGAGGCAAUUCCCGAGGUAAUGUACAGACCUUCCUGUUGUUUUUUCAAGCCUGCAAAACAGAACCUUGCCAUUAUUAGAGCUGAUGAAUCCCUGGCAGGCCAAAUGCCUGGCAGCUUCAUUGAAGUGGAAAGUGAACCGAGUGGUGAACUUCAGCAUGAACCGUUGGAGAUGUCACUUGCUUCCACUGAACAGGAGGAGGAAGCAGUGUCUGUAGCUGCAGUGGAUGUGAAAGAGGGGGACGAGGGUAACACGGACAGCCUAACAGAAGAUGCCAGUGAGGAUGCAGACCUGUCUGUCCAGCAGGAUGCUGAAAUUGGAGGCAAGGAGGAUGCUGUUAACAAAUGGCAGGAUAUUGGGAUGGAACUUCUGUGCUUCUUUGGCAUUCCAUACGUUGAGGGCCCUAUGGAGGCAGAGGCUCAGUGUGCUGUCUUGGACCUCACUGAUCAAACCUCUGGGACAAUCACAGACAAUAGUGAUAUUUGGUUAUUCGGAGCUGACGUGUAUAAAAAUUUCUUCAUUCAGAACAAGUAUGUGGAAUAUUAUCAGUAUGUGGACUUCCAGAAUCAACUAGGCUUGGAUCGAAACAAGUUAAUUAAUUUAGCCUAUCUACUCAGCAGUGAUUAUACAGAAGGCAUCCCUAAUGUUGGCUAUGUAACAGUAAUGGAGAUCUUGAAUGAAUUUCCUCGAUGAGGAAUGGAACCGCUCUUAAAACUUGCGGAAUGGUGGGCUGAGGCUCAAAAGAAUAGGAAAACACGUCCCAAUCCAUAUGAUACUAAAGUGAAGAAAAAACUGUGGCAAUUGCAGCUUGCACCUGGUUUCCCAAAUCCUGCAAUAGCAGAAGCUUAUCUGCAUCCUGUGGUGGAUGACUCAAAUGGAUCCUUUGUUUGGGGAAGACCUGAUGUAGAUCAGAUCAGAGAAUUUUGCCAGAGUCAUUUUGGUUGGACAAAGUUAAAAACGGAUGAAGUCCUAUUACCUAUCAUCAAACAGCUGAAUGCUCAGCAGACUCAGCUACGUAUUGACUCAUUCUUCAGAUCAGCACAACAAGAGAAGCAAGCCAUAAAGAGUCAAAGGCUCCUCAGGGCUGCGACUUGCAUGAGGAGGAAAGAGGAGGAGGAAGAGGAAAGUGAAGUCCUGGGGGCCACUGCAGUCAUCGAGCAAGAAUUUAAGCAGAGUGAAGGGAAGGAUCCUGGUGAAGGUGCAGAGCAAGAAGUGGCUGGAGUACAGAGCCGACGGGGCAAGAGGAAAAAGCAUCCACCCCCCAAAGAGCAGAGUUUUUUGGGGGGCGGCUUCAUAGGGGAGGUUCAGCUCUCAGAAGCAUCAGCUGAAGAGUUGGAAAAUGAGCCUUCCAAAAGGUGCAGGAGAGGGGGAAAUGUGACAGUGCUUGAAGCUGACACAGCAAGUCUCAGCACCAACCUGAGGCUUAAGCCCACAUGGGACAAAGCAGACAGUAGCUCCAGUGCCGAAGAAGAAUUGCCUCUGGUGACGGCCAGACCUAUAUUUGAGGGCAAGAAAGCAAGGGGCAAGUCUCAAGGGGAAGAAGUAGGAAAUAGUGCUAGCUAGCAACCUACAAGGAAUUCUAAAAGAAAUUGUCUUCUGUAGAGCACAAUGAAAUCGUCAUUAGGAAAAGAUUGCUCUCCCUCCCUCCCCUCCUCAGCUCCUGCCUGCAUUAUCUGAUUUUGUAUAUGUUAGCAUUGUUUAGAUAAGGGCAUUUCUUUUAGCAAUUAUGAGCUGGAAUUUUUAAACUUUAAGAGUAUAAUAUUAAUGUGCAUUUGUCUUCUCAAGAAAACAUCCACUAGAAUAAAUAUGAAUGCCUCCCUUGAAGUUUCUAAAGGUGAUCUCCAAUGUGUGUAUGUUUUUCAUAAUGAAAAUGGAAUCAUUUGUAAUGUUGCCAACCUGUCACUCAGUUUCGCACUUCAUGAAAUGUGAUCAGUAGCAUACCAUACAAGGGUUCUGCAUUCUGCCAGGAGAAAAUAUUUUGGGCAGCUUCAGUUCCUCAUACCUUGCUGCUUGGCUGUAUUAAAAAAUUUUUUAAGUAUGGCAUUCAUUGCAAAACUAUAUCUGAUGGGGAAAGUGGGGGAAUUGAUCAUUCUUCCAG